AUGUUAGACCCAACGGCUACUAUAGUCGUGGACCGUGCAGGAGGACGCAAAUGGGGAGGCUACUAUAUUCUGCUAAAUUCCCAGACUUUAACGCUUUCAAGAGUUUUGCUUCAUGCUUACCCAAGAUCAAAGCUAAUUCUUGAUGAAAACGCAAACAAACUAGAAUGGUAUGGUGCCUAUAAGAAAGAGCAUUCUAAGGAGAUGAAAAAAAUCGACUUUUCAUCCUACCUUCCAGAGUGUUUUCUAUCCUCACUCAAGUUUGUUGAUAUCAAAACCGGUAUCUCGGGAGAUGCUGGAGAAAUGAAGCUAGUAAGUCCUCGAGAAAUUGACUCUGCGUUUGGAUUAUUCUGCAAAUCAAAAUGCAAUCUUGAAGAAACUCCUGAAUAUCCCAAGACGCUCUAUCACAUGUCAAGUCGACAUGGCAGUAAUUAA